UCCACUUGCAUCGCUAUAGUACUUGCAGUUUGGAAUAAAGAGUUAGGUUUUGUUCCUACUCUUGCUGUCGCUGGAAUCAUCUUGCUAUUGUUCACAUCUGCAUUGUUGAUUGGUGCAUCAAUCUAUAGGAUUUCUGCCGCUCAGUCGCAAAAGAUUAUGUUAUCACUUGUUGCUAUAUGGAUCUUGGUUGUGACUAUUUCGUUUGUAGUCUCAGCUUUGAAAAUAAUGGCGACAAAGUGA